ACUAUUGCGUGUCGUUAAAAUCAUUGAGUGUAUUGUACAGUCGUUACUUCGACUUACAGAAGAUAACAUGGACGACUUUUUUCGUAUCGUAUUUUACACCAUUCUAUCAUUUCAUCACACGUGGUCAAGAGGUAAGUGAUUCAUUUAUGUCUUAGUAGCCCAUAAUUUCAAAAUAUAGCCUCUGUUAUCGUGUUUUUAAUCCCUCUUUAAUUCAUUCAACGGGAAUGAACUGAAAAGCCUACAUUUAACUAAAGCUUCAAAGAUACACUGCACAUUGCUGCGGGAUGAACCACAAUAAGCUUCUGAUUUAAGUAGGGAAACGAUCGAUGUCAGGGAUAUGUUAGCGCUUGCCUUUCAACGCAAUGUCGUAUGAAUAAGCGAGCUUCUCUUCGUUGAAUUUUCCCAUCAGUAGUUUGCAUCGUCGACAUUUAUCGGAGUCGUUCAAUUAUCAACGCAUAAAUUAUUUACAUGAAGCUUGAAGAUUUGAGUUACACGAUUCCCAUCAUGGUUUAAAAAUUUUUAUGAAAAUGAAUUUGUCUUGGACUUCCUUCAGCGCAGUAGCUUGCAUGCGGUGAACGUGCCAAAAUGUCACACUGUCUGGCGCGCACAUGCUGAAGUACGUCUUAGAUUACACUCAAGGAAUUACGAAUUUAGUAGAUCUAGUUAGAGAUUGGGACCCAAUUUGUUGUGAAAAAUGUUGAUAUUACGUGCACGGAACGUUUGAACAAGUAAAAUGAGACAGAAUAAAAUCAAAUAUAACAUUAAAUAUUUCACUGCACUGCCCUACCCUCAUGUACUGAGUUUCGGUUUUUCCACAAGAAAAAGAAAUAAAAACUAAAUCUCGCACCCGGUGAAGGGGAUUAAUCGAUGAAGAGGAAAAGUAACUGUGACCAAUGUUUGUUAAAGGAGCUGUUAACUUAUAGGGAGCAAGAUCUUAGAACUACAACAAUCUUGGUUGCCUGCGUCGCAGACGCUCUAAACCUUUUGUGUAGAGCUAUGGACGGACUAUGCAAAUAGUUUAGACGAGUAGUGGAAGGAAGGCAAAUCGUUCAAGAGUCACAUGUUUGCGGUUUUCAAUCUGUUACAUGCUAGCUGAGAAAGAUGAAGGAUUCAGGCGCUAAGAGGCCAAGCGGGCGGCCUUCGGUAGAUUCUAGAAAAAUCAAUUCAUCAUAAUGAGGCGAGAGACAACCGCGAGAAGCAAGAUGACUGGGCUUGGCCUUUGACCAGCCUCCCACCAACUAACCACGUAAAACAAACGAAAAUCUCUUCCGCUUCCUUCUAUGUUAUUUUCCAAGGCUAGGACUUCCUCUUUCCAUGUAAAAAGUUUCAAAGUCAUUUAACAUUGGGCUUGGCUCAUUCUUGUAUUCUUUACUAACUUUUUAAUUUGUUGGCUAAAGUAAACCUCUUGAUAAUGCAAGUUAAACAGUUAUAAGAGAUUAGCCUUUUUUGCAUGCUGCCAUCGUCAUUCCUCUUAUUCUGAAUGUUUGAUUUGAUGUCAGAUGAUUGCAACCACCCCCUCGGAAUGAGUGAAUCAGACAAGAGAAUCCCGGAUGAGAGUAUUACGUCAUCAUCCAAGUUAAGCUCGGAUCACGCUCCUUCUAACGCAAGAUUGGAUGGACCGAGAGCUUGGUGCUCCGCUCUAGAUGAUAACUCGCCUUACAUACAGAUUCGUUUUGUUAAGGAAAAGUUUAUUACUGCAAUAGAAACUCAAGGAAGCGCUCCUGAUAACAGUUGGUCAACUAAGUAUGAUGUCCGUUACUUGAAGAAAGGGAAAUGGACAAUACAUAAGGAGGUAAUAUGGCUUAGUACUGCAUUUUACUCUCUGCCCCGGGUAUAUCUCAAGAAUUUGCAAUUUUUGUAGUUUACAGUUAAUUACCCAUUUCGAGAACGAAACAUUUCUGUAAUUUACAAUAACUAGCAGCUUGAAGGAGAAGAUAAGAAAUUAUAAACAUUUCUCUUCUCCUGAGCCAAAAGACUGACCCGCAGGACUAGUCACGGGUUUUUGUCCGUUUUAAGGUAAAAUUGAACUUCACAUAAUUCAGUAAAAUCCUCACUGGGCUGAACAUACAACAAACAAACAGGUUAAAAAGCAAAACUUUUUUCCCGCCAUCAUUGCCGCAUGAUCCAGUACACGUUUGCUACCCGGGAAUCGAAGGGCGCAGUAUGUAAGUUUGGUACAAUUGUUUAAUAGUAACUUACUCAAACACUUUGGUUGGCCUGGCGCACAGAUGAUAAAAGUGUCGCUGUUUAUUAUUGUUAUUAUUAUUAUUGUUAUUAUUUCUUUCGUUUCGCACGAGGAUUCACGGUUGUUUAUCUUCUUGCUAAGUCCUCCAUCCAAAACAAAAGGCAGAGAUUGCAAAUCUAGCCUUUUACUAAGACGGGACUCGUGCAAACCGCGAUGAAACUCAUGCUCUUUUGGUACGUCCAUAAAAACUAACUGAUUAACAUCUUGCUUUGUAAAAUGUGCUACAAUUUUGGGCCGGUUUAUCACUUUUAAAAAGUGUCGGUGUAAAGAGAAGGAUAUCUGCUCUGUUUACAUCUACUCUGGCAUUCAGAACUUGAAAUGUGUGGUAAUGAAUAAUAAUCAUGAUUGAGGUAUUAGCUCAUACAAGUGAUCAGUGAGUCGUAUUUACUCUAUUUAGGGGCUUACUGGUAAUAGACACCCUAACAGACUCCAGAAGAACAGCUUCAAAGCGACAGAGCAGUUCAGGACAAAUUCCAUUCGUAUUUAUCCCAAAGAGCCAUUUAGAAAGUUUCCAAAACUAACACCUAAAGUUCCUUGCCUUCGACUGGAGCUCUACGGAUGUACAGCACCAGGUAAGUUAUCCGAUUAUAUGUUAUUUGUUGGUAAUCAAACAAUCAGCGUUAUUGUAUUUCCUCGAGUCAGCGACCUUGCUCUUAUCAGCGUCUUCCCUUUAUAGUAAGAGGUUACUCCUCUUAACUAUCAAAUACGCCAACCAUUCAACAAGCGCCAGUAGUAUGCUAGGGUCAAAGAUAAGCCCCGUUUGUGCCUAGUCAGUGCCUAGCAAGUGCCUAGUCUAUGAUGUCACCUCGGAAAGAAGUGCGUUCCUCCAUACUAAUUAAGUGCCUAGUCACUGCCUUCCAGCAUAUUAAUUAUGUGCCUCGUCAGUGACUAGCUAGCUGGGUAAAAAUGCGUUCCUCCAUAUAUAAUGAAGUGGAUAGGUUUACUAAUGAGAGUCACUCUACUUCAAUAGGAACAAUAGGCUUGCCUAGACUUGCCCGUUAAGUAACUUGAGCCCGGUUUUCGGACCGUCUAUUAAAAGGAAAAUAGGAAUAAGAGAAUCGAUCACCUAGCAACGCGAGAAACGGCUUCCUAUAUUUUAUUUAGCGCUAAAACUCGGGUAGAUAAACAAAACACAUACAGAAAGUAGAGUUGAAAAGUCUUUACUUCAAUUUAGUUCAUGUCUUCUUUUUUAGCUCUAAAACUCGGAUAUAUAUAAACAAAACAUACACAAAGGGGAGCUGAAAACGCUUUAUUUCAAGUUUGUCUGACUAUUACAGAACUGUUUUCUCCGUUUUAUCUCGACGAAAUGAAAAACUAUUGAAGUCUUAACGUUUCAAGCACCGUGAGUCAGUUAAUUAUGCGAGUUUACAAGCCCAAAGUUGAAUACAAAUUAGCUCUACAGGAAAAACCUCAAGGGAGCAUAUUGACGUAUUAUUAUAAAACAAAUAACUUAACAAGGAUCAAUUGAUUAAACACGCGACUAAUAAUUGCUAGCAAUAAAAUCAGACGCGAGAUGCCGUUUUAAACAAAAAGAGUCAAAUGCACAGUGAUUUGAAAGAAAUCUAUUAAAAGCAAGCCAUCCUUUUUUUACAUUGCGCACAAUGUUUUACUUACCCCUCUCCCUUUUCAAUUUUAUUUCCCUCCUCAAUUUUUUUUAUUCCCUUCUCCAAAAUUUUAUUAUUUUCCCUCCUCAAAGUUUUUUAUUCCCCUCCUCCACUUUCUCAUUUAUUCUAUAUAUUUUUCCAUCCACAAAUACAUCGACCUCCUAGCGACUCUACAUCGACCCCACAUCCACCCUACAUCGAUCCCACAUCGACCCCACGUCGACCCUACAUCGACCACACUUCGACCCACAUCGGCCCCUUAUCGACCCCACAUCGACCCCACAUCGACCUCACAUCGACCCUGAACUCAACUCUUUUUCUUUUUAACACUGCUUCUUAAAUAGUGAAACUAUAUACCACCACCCCACAUUUCUAUUGUUUUCCCUCCACCACCACCACCACUACCACCACCGCCACCCUACACCCUCCCUUAAGAAAACAACAACCGAGGAGGAACCCAGAAGAUUGUAAAGCGCAGAAAAUUAACCGAACGGCGAUUAAGGGGAGUUCAUGAGUGUACUCAGAAAGUUAUAUUACUGUAGCACUCAAAGCAUCUAUUUGUAUUAAAAUAAAUCCUUGAAAGCUGGCUCUAUGUUGUAGAUUGUUGAACAGAAUAUUAUUCAUUAUUCUCAGCAAUUUGCAAAGAUCCUGGAAUUCCACAACAUGGCAUAAGGCAGGGUAAUGAUUUUGAACACGGUAUAGCAGUGAACUUCACGUGUAAUGCCGGAUUUACUUUGGUCGGUAGCAAGUCAAUCAAGUGUCACAAUGGAAUUUGGAGCUCAGGUUUACCUCAAUGCCAAAGUAAGUUGAUUUGAAUGGUAAUAGUGGUUUGUAAACAUCGGGUUUUGCUUUUGUACUCUUUUGCAGCUACUUAAAAAAUAUUAUUUUAUAUUUUUUCAACCCACACCGCGAGGGUGGAAGAAAAAAGUUUAAAAAGAAAUAGAAGUGAAUUAAAAGAAUCAAUCACCUAACCCUUCGCCGAAAGUUUAAGUUUUAUAGUGAGCGGAGCUUCAUAGCUAAGGAAAUGUGGUAAUCUACCCAUCCGAGAAAAUUUGGUAAUCACGUGACCGUACAUCGACCGCCCGACCGCCCGCCCGUCCGUCCGUCCGCACCACAGGCAUACCGAUGUAAAAUAACUCAAUCAACAGGUAUGGCAACCCAAAUGCAACUCAAGGUUUUAUUUGGAAGGAAAUCACAUGGCCGCCCAGACUUUUAGAAAGAAAAAGCAACAACAAAAGUCGUGUCUUUUUCGGCGUUAUUUUUAUGUUUACACUCACGUGGAUAACAGAGAAAGAGCUAGAGCGAGUUAUUGAAAACAAAGGAGACCAAUUUCGAAGGAAGAAACACAUGGAAAUACAAAGCGGCGGUGAGAAAAUGAGAAAUUCUAGUAGCCAGCAAGGUGAAAAUGAGCGGCAGUGAAAAAUAAAAGAGAACAUGAACACAGGAAACAAAAUAUUGGCUAAGCACACACGACAAUUCCUCCAUAAAAAUAAUUUGUAACUAGGAAGUUUGACGUUUUAGUCGUACAAAACAGCGUUGUAGUCGUGCAAAACAACGGCAAGGGAAUACAAAAAAGCGUGCUGUACGUGUAAAUUUGUUUUUUGCUAAUUAGAAGAAAAGUGUACUGCACGUGCGAUUUGUUUUUUUGCUAUAAAUUAGAUCUAUUAGUCUUGAAGCCAUUUUCAUUGUCGUCCCCAUUUAGCAUUACACGAUUAUUUUUUUUUUGUUUCCACGUAUUAUUAACCAGAGCUUCGCUUUUAGCCCUGGCUAAAUCUAUGUAUUAAGUAAUACCGAUUUGUCUUUAGCUACUUGCAGAAAUCCUGGAGUCCCGCAAAAUGGAAGGAGGCGAGGAAAUACGUUUAUUGAUGGCGACUCAGUUGAAUUUUCCUGUGAUGCAAACUACACAUUGAUUGGCUCGUCUGUUAUCCGCUGCAUUAAGGGAGUGUGGAGUUCAACUGUUCCGACUUGCAAAGGUGUUAUGAAUUAUUAUUCUCUUCCACUCCCCUAAAAACUAUCGUAGAACCAUCAUACUUCUAAGCAUGACAAAUAAACAACCGAACCUGAAAUCAUUCCUUUCGCCAAAGAUGAUGGGCCAUUUGUACUAAGAGGUCAUGUGACAUCAUUUUCAUGAAAAUAAAAGUUAUAUGACUUUGCCUUCAAAAAACCAUUAGUGGGUCAUCUCUGUAUAAAAUAAUAGUGAUGAUGUUUUUCAAACCCGCACCAUUUUCUUAAAAUGAGUCAGUUCGUAGCUGGUCUGUGACCAAAAUGUGACUUUUUUUAAAACUAUGAAUUACCUCUUUCUGGACAGAAAUUUUGCACUUAAACUUCAAGGAAAUUGUUGAAAAGAUGAUGUGGUAACGUUUUCAGCACAUCUGAGCGUAACUAUCAAACGUUUAACAAGAUACAAGCAAAAAGUAGUUUCUGCUGCCAUGUUUGAGGGUAAGAGUAUGCCCUCCAACAUAGCGGCCAAUACAAAUCAUACUACUUUGUUGAGUGCCAUAAAAUAUCUCCCUUAAGUGCCUUUUCUCUCAAAUUUCGGGUGUAAGAUAAUUUGUAUGCCCUCCGUCAAUUUUUGGCAUCAGCAAGAUUCCAACUUAUUGUUUAAAGGAAGCAUUGGUCACGUGACCUCUUAGUGCAGGCGGCCUAUUAUUCGUUAUGUUCCGUCGCGGUGGAUCUGAACCAAAGUAGACAUCAGCUGUUGUGGUAGAUAUUCUUACACCUUUGUGUAAAUUCAGUGUGUUACAAAUUUCAGAUCAGUGAUGAUAAACUGAGGUAUCGGUGUACUCUAACCAGUGUUGUUUAUUUUUCUUCCUUUUUUUUAGCUUCUUGUCCAGAUCCCGGAGUACCGCAAAACGGGCAGAGAAUUGGCACGAGUUUUGGGGACGGCAAACACCUUCAGUUUUCUUGUAGUUCGGGUUAUUGGUUGGUUGGAAGCCAGCUGAUCGUUUGUAAUGAAGGCAAAUGGAGUAACGACAUUCCCACGUGUAAAGGUAGAUUUUCUAUCGUGAGAACUCAACGCGUCAUGGUAGUGUUUUUUGGAAAGAAGAGAUAAAAAUUUUGUGCUGUUAAGUUAAGUGAUAGAAUUAACAAGCACUCUUGAAAGCAGACAGAGUAAUACCUUAUCAAGAAGAAAGACAACAUUUUUUUUGUUUUCAAUCGUGUGUUUCCUUGUUCUAACUAGUCCCAUCAUUAUUGUUUUGAAAUGAUUCAGUUAAGGAGCAAGGGUCAUUCAUUCAAUCACAAUCCGUAAAUCAGAAAAUAAAAGAUGUUAAAUUGUUCAGUACUGACCAUCCUCGGAACUUUCGGAGUCCAUGUGAUUUCAACGAAAUUCUCUUCCAGAAUAGUCCGUCAUGGUUAGCAUCGUUUUAGAUUACGCUUUGCAACGUAGCUUUCUUUGCAUGAAGCAAUUUUCCGCUUAAGCAGAAAGAGGGGCGGAAGGGAAGGGGGGGGAGGGGUUGAGAUACUGCUAAAGGGUUCUCGUUCAGCAGCAGCUUCUCGAUAAACCAAUUGGUUUGACAAAACAUUGAUUGACUGCUGAGCACUACCCAUUUCUCUCCUUUAAGGGGUGAAUUUCGCUAGAAUCUCAUUUUUUUAAUGCACUGAUAUUCAUAUUCAUUUUUGUUUUUUGUUUCACGAUGCUAAUUGUCGUGCCGCGUUUCUUUCCUAGGACUUGUAAACGCUUAUAAACGCCUCCGAGAAGACAUAUCAUUUUUUCACGAGCCUGAGUUUGAGAUGAAUUUACUUUGGUAAUUUUUGCCCUUAUAAUUAACCCUUUUUUCAUCAGCUAUGUGUAGAAAUCCUGGUAUCCCUCGCAAUGGGAUAAGAAUAGGCGAUGAUUUUGGAGAUGGUCAAAUGGUAGCUUACCAGUGUGACAGCAAGUUUGAUCUUUUUGGUUCAUCUACUUCGUUUUGUAUAGCAGGAGAGUGGAACUCCACAAGACCAACAUGUAAAGGUGUGUACGUCGUCAUGAAAUAUUCUUAAAAUAUAUCACCGUAAUGUUCCCAUAGUAGCAGCCCUCGUUACUUUCGGGGUGUCUUUUCUCUCGGGGGAGGGACCAAACACCAGCAUCAACAACGUCGGUCUACCGGACUACCGAAUGGGUGAAUCAGCCGAUGUAGAGGAAAUCGAAUUCUUCUCUGACUCAGGGGAGAGGAAAGCUAAACUCAGUGCUUAAAUAGUCCAUGAAAAAAAAAGCGUUUUAUAGUCAGGAGCCCUCAGGGUGAUGGGCUCCUGUUAAUGUGCAGUAUACAAAAGUUUCAGUUUUAACGUGAAGAAACGUUCCUGUUCUUGAUAUGAACUUUAUAGUUUGCAUUGUGCAAUCUGUGAACUGACGUCAACGACGAAUGAUAGUUUCAGGCAUGUCAUAUUUUCCUUAUUGCAAAGUGCCUUUUAGUGAUAAAUUUGUAAAUGCGCGAAGAUAUUCGUAUUGUAUGUACAUUAAAAAUUUGACUAUGGAUUGUAGUUGGAAAACAUUAAAGGCAUAAGAUUCGGUAUACUUAUAACUGAAAAAACUUAGUCUCGAUACUUUUUGGGGAUUCCCUACUUUUGGGGGGGGUCGCAACUUUCGAGGGCUCGCUAUUUUCGGGAUUUAUUAGAAGUUAGAAACUUUUGACGUUUCGGAGGGUCACCAUUAUGGGAACUUUACGGUAUUGUGAAAAUUUGCCCCUUAGACAAAGGAAGCGAGUAACCAGAGUAACUUCAACUGAAACAACUGAAACUUUCAUGUUGGUGUUCAUAUUUAUAGCUUCCUGCUCCGAUCCUGGUGUGCCUAAACAUGGCCAGAGGAUUGGUUCUAACUUUGGACAUGGCAACAAGGUCACAUUUGUGUGUCCUCCUCAGUACAGUCUGGAGGGAAGCCAUUCUAUGACAUGUCAUGAUGGAAAAUGGACCUCUACCCUUCCUGUUUGUAAAGGUAUUUUGAGGUGAAAAGGAAAAGACAUUCGAGAAGAACGCUAAUUGUUCCUUUUUAAACAGAUACAGUGAAGGCAUAAACAGAGAACGUAACUUAGCUUUUCAAACUACCCGACCAGCCUUAACUGUAGCUAAACUUUAAAAAUUCUCUAUUUCACAUUUGUGAAAGAGAGAACACCUUUUCUGUGUUAGAAGGCUGUAAUUGGAUUGAUAGAGCUUAUAAAAAAGCUAUUUUUAAUCACAUCAAAUCAGCAGGUUUCUAUGCUCGGAAUUCCCUAUUUGUGUGUGAAAAAGCGAUCUGCUGUUUUGACAGCAACAUUUACAUCAUUAAAAAACAUUUUUGUCACAGUUAAAGUUAUAAUAAUACAUAAAGUAAGUCAAUAUCUGGAAGAUUAAGCUAUUAUCUCUUUUUACUUUCCUAACUUUCUUUACUUCCUUUAACAGGUUAUGUUUUAGACGACAAGAAUUUAUUAACCUUUCUUUCUAUCUUAGCAUCCUGUAAGGACCCAGGCAGACCCAAAAACGGUGUCAGGCAUGGAAACGAGUUUGGUCACAAUAAACGCAUUUCAUUCUCUUGUCAGCCGGCCUUCCAAAUAAUCGGAAGUUCCGCUGCUGUUUGUAUCAAUGGAAAAUGGAGUGCAUCUGUUCCACGCUGCAUUGGUACUGAUGCGUUGUUUUGCUUAUUAUGUAUGGUUUUCCUGAUACUGAAGAAUAACUGAGUUUGCUUACUAUACUAAUAAUUUUUUUAGCUAUCUGUCCUGAUCCUGGGGUCCCUGCUAAUGGAAGUAGGAUAGGGGACAACUUUCUUGAUGGUCAAACUGUGGCUUUUAGGUGUAAUCAAGGUCACACCCUUACUGGCUCUCAAGUGUUACGAUGCGUGGCAGGGAAAUGGAAUGGAGUCUCGCCAAAGUGUAAAGGUAUAAUUUAUUGCUCUAGAAGAAAAGCUUGGCAAGCAAAUUUUUGUCUUGCUUCUCUUAAUGUUUUAAUGGUAGCGUCCGGCAACUAUUUUUCUUAAUUUUCUUGUUAUUCUUUCCUUUAAAGCCUCGUGUCCGAACCCAGUUGUUCCGUCCAACGGUCGUGUUCUUAAUUCAAGGCCUGGUCAGAGUUCGUGUUAUUGUUGUUGUUUGCAAAAAAUUCCGUUGAUUAAAGCUAGAAGUAUUAUAUAACGUAUCAUUCGUGUUUGGAGAGUGAAAUAUUUUUUUGUGACUAUUAAAUUUAUUUAGAGACUUGCGCUGAUCCCGGAGCUCUACAAAAGGGUCGUAGAAUUGGCAGUGAUUUCCGUCAUGGCAAAACAGUAAAGUUUGUUUGUCAAUCUCCUUUUACGCUGAGAGGGGCUAGGAGCAUUACUUGCAAUGAUGGAAGAUGGAGCGGUAAAAUUCCCGUAUGUACAGGUAUAGUUUAUAUGAGCUUGAGUGUUGUGUACAUAAAACGUCAGAAGUUACUUAUCACAUAACUUGAAAUAAUUUAUAUAUAUUUAUAUAGACGUUGCGUUUGAAGAAAUGAUGCUUUCGAUAAACAAGAAAUUUUUAGCCAAAACGUCCUUUUUUGUCGGCUAUUUCUUCGUUUUGAACCUCGUGAACACAGAUAGUUGAAUUUUUUAUAGAUUUUUAUCCUCUCUUGUUCAUAGACAGUGUAAAAUCACCACUACGAACUAAUUAAGCCCCAGCGCCCGCUUUGUUUUUAGAUUCUCCUCCUUUCGCUCCUGUUACCAGCUUACAUAUCAGUGAUGGACAAACAGGUCUCAUAAAGAGUUAAUUUUCACCUUAGAAAGUUGACAUUAUCCUCCUCGACCAGCACUUUUCUGCGAUUCAUAUAACUUUCAGUCGAUGCUUUUCCUGAGCAAUUAGCACAUAGACGUUAUUUUUAUUAUUACUUUUUAGCAAUCUGCAACGACCCUGGAACUCCUCAAAACGGCGCAAAGCAUGGUAGAAAUUUCGAAUCUGGCUCAACGGUGAACUUUACGUGCAAUGCUGGAUACACGUUGGUUGGUAGCAAAACAAUUGAGUGUCGCAGUGGACGUUGGAGCUCAAAUUCACCACACUGCAAAAGUAAGUUAUGCUUUCACUAUUACUCUAAAAAAUCAAAAUUUCAGGUUUCCAGUUUAUUUUUAUUUCAGGUAGCUAGGCUUAUCUAGCCAGGUCAGUCUCACAAGUUUUAAUAUUACAAAUUUCAAAAAUAGUUUAAAAGAGGGAUUAACAAAAAGUAACAGUUUUGCAAAACGGAGAGAAACAUAAAAGUAAUAUGGUUCGAUAUUGAAUUAAAAAGGAGAACUUAAUAAAAGGAGAAAAAAUGAAAUAAUUAUGAUAUGAUAGGUAUCUAGAUAUAUGUAUAGAAGUUAAUACUUUUUAAUAUUAGGCAUGAUUUUGUCAUUAAUACACACUCAUGUUAGUCUAGUCUUUAUGUCAGUAAAAAGAACAACGCCCAUUUUUUCCCCUACUGUGCUAACUGCACAAGUGCAUGUGAGUGAAAGAAACUACACAGUUUCAUGUUGGCAGGCAAGCAUUUUAUACCAGUUGAUGUGGUUAAACGCGGUGUUAGAUUCUAAUCCGUAUAGCCUUUUCUUCCUUCACAGAGACUUGCAGUGAUCCUGGAGCACCACUAAACGGACUCAGAAUUGGUAGUAAUUUCAGUCAUGGAAAGACGGUUAACUUUCUCUGCCUGCACGGCUUUACGUUGCGCGGUUUGAGUAGCAUAACCUGCAUUGACGGAGGGUGGAGUGGUAAAAACCCCGUAUGCUCAGGUGAUAAACGGCGAUUUGUAGAUACAAAAGUUUAGUUAAAGAGAUUGCUUCUUUGUCUUAUCCUCAACUAGCUUAUUUUAGUCAUUAGGUAGAUUUAUUUGAUUUUAUAUGUGUUUUGUUUAAAUUUGAGUGUGUUUUAAUCGAUAUUUAUUUUAAUUCUAAUUUUUCACUUUGUUAAGCGCCUAGAUCGUCUUCUUCUUCUUAUUUUUAUUCAUUGGAAUGCAAGGAAAUAUAUACGUAUUAAUUAAGUAAAAGAAGACAUAGACGACUUAAUGAAUUGCUUUGUUUUGUUUUCAGCAAAUUGUAAAGAUCCUGGUAUUCCAAAACACGGUGAAAGGAAAGGCAACAGUUUUGACCAUGGCAAAACAUUGAACUUUUCAUGUAACGUUGGAUACACUUUGGUUGGUGACAAGAUUAUUGAGUGCCGGGAAGGGAUUUGGAGCGCACAGUCACCGCUUUGUAAAAGUAAGUUAUUAAGAAAGAAAGCUUUUCAAACUACCCGACCAAUUGGAUUGAUAGAGCUUAUAAAAAAGCUAUUUUUAAUCACAUCAAAUCAGCAGGUUUCUAUGCUCGGAAUUCCCUAUUUGUGUGUAAAAAAGCGAUCUGCUGAAAUUGACAGCAACAUUUACAUCAUUAAAAAACAUUUUUGUCACAGUUAAAGUUAUAAUAAUACAUAAAGUAAGUCAAUAUCUGGAAGAUUAAGCUAUUAUUUCUUUUUACUUUCCUAACUUUCUUUACUUCCUUUAACAGGUUAUGUUUUAGACGACAAGAAUUUAUUACCUCUCUUUCUAUCUUAGCAUCCUGUAAGGACCCAGGCAGACCUAAAAACGGCGUCAGGCAUGGAAACGAGUUUGGUCACAAUAAACGCAUUUCAUUCUCUUGUCAGCCGGCCUUCCAAAUGAUCGGAAGUUCCGCUGCUGUUUGUAUCAAUGGAAAAUGGAGUGCAUCUGUUCCACGCUGCAUUGGUACUGAUGCGUUGUUUUGCUUAUUAUGUAUGGUUUCCCCGAUACUGAAGAAUAACUGAGUUUGCUUACUAUACUGAUGAUUUUUUUAGCUAUCUGUCCUGAUCCUGGGGUCCCUGCUAAUGGAAGUAGGAUAGGGGACAACUUUCUUGAUGAUCAAACUGUGGCUUUUAGGUGUGAUCAAGGUCACACCCUUAUUGGCUCUCAAGUGUUACGAUGCGUGGCAGGAAAAUGGAAUGGAGUCUCGCCAAAGUGUAAAGGUAUAAUUUAUUGCUCUAGAAGGAAAGCUUGGCAAGCAAAUUUUUGUCUUGCUUCUCUUAAUGUUUUAAUGGUAGCGUCCGGCAACUAUUUUUCUUAAUUUUCUUGUUAUUCUUUCCUUUAAAGCCUCGUGUCCGAACCCAGUUGUUCCGUCCAACGGUCGUGUUCUUAAUUCAAGGCCUGGUCUUAGUCGCCAUGGCGACAGGGUUAAGUACGCUUGUAACUCUGGUUUCAGACUCGAAGGCACUUCCACCAUCAGGUGUAACAAUGGAAAGUGGAAACCAUCCGCUCCCUUGUGCAAAGGUAUGAAGGUGAUUAUUUCAUCUACGAAAUAAACAUGUAUGUCGAUCUUAUAUAGAGGAUAUCACAUGGCCCCGCGGAGAUACGAAAUUUCUCUUCGAGUGUUGAAAAAUAUUUCACGAGUUAGCGCAGCCAACGAAUAAAAUAUUUUUUCAGCACGAAAAAAGAAAUUUCGUAUCUCCAAGCGGCCAUGUAAUAUUCUAUUUAUUAUAUAAACACCAAUGAACUAUCAAACCAUUUCACUAAUAGUUUUUUGGCGUGAAAGGCGUGAUUUAUUAUGUAGCCAUAGCAACGGUGAUAUUUUCACAUGUGAGUGUUUAUAUAAUAAACGUUGUUUUGCACCAGUGGAAAGAGGUUACAGAUGCAUAAACUUUUGAUGGUUUCUUGACCCUUUUAUGCCAGAAGAACAAUUAACCGUUGAUUUCCUUUUUUUGCCCAAGAUAGGUCGGGUGAAGGAGAUUACCGUAUUUCCUCGAAUAAUAACCGGGGGCGAUUAUUAUAAUUUUCGCACAAAAAGGGAGCGUUGUUUGAGGGAAGGUGAUAAUUUUAAACAAUGCUCACUGAACUGAAUUUUUUGUUUUAUUAUCCCAUUAAAUCAAAAACGAUCACUUCAAAUAUACUGAACAUGGGCUUUUAAGUGUUCAAAAUUUGGUUCCUUGAUUAAUUUUCAAUGUCAAUAUCCAUUAUCCUCAGCGUCAGAGAUUGAAUCCUCACUGAUCAGUUUCGCUGAAUCAGACUCCACUUCAGCUUGACAUGGAGGGGAUAAAAGAAAGAGAAGGUGGCCAGCUGAGGGGUGGGGAGGGGAAGGCGAUUAUUCCAGGGAGUCGAUUAUUUUAAAUAUUUCCAUCUAAGGGGGGUGUUUAUUGAUCGAGGGACGGCUAUUAUCCGAGGAAAUACAAUAAACCGAAAAAUCUUCUUAAAGGAAAUAAAGAAACAAAGGGAAAACUGGAAACCAACUUGUUUUCUUUCUUUUAGAUGUAAACGAAUGUAUAGAAGGUCUGUCAAACUGUCAUGCCAACGCUAACUGCAAGAAUACUGCUGGCUCAUUCACUUGUGAAUGUAAAACGGGUUGGGCCGGAAGUGGCAGGAUCUGCUCAAGUAAGACAGUAAUUUCGAUUGAGAUUUACAUGUAUAGUAACCUUUACUAUAUCGGGUAGAUGUAAAUGAUGGUUCUACUCUGGUUCUUGUUUGUGCGUCCUUUCUGUAUGUCUUGUAGUUUUUAGACAAUUUAGCUAUGAGUCUGGGAGUUAAUGACGAACAGUCUCAUAUUGUCCCUUCAUUUAGUAAGUAAUGCUGUCUUAAGCUUAUACCAAGGCUAACAGAUCCAUAGUUGAUGCUUAUCCAGGGACACGUUUCAUAUAACGCGAAGAGCUCGAGAAUCGUGGGGUGACGUCGACGACCUUAAACUUUCCUAGAGUACCCAAAGCAUCGACGCACGCUUAGGAUGACUUGCACUCGUUAUUAUGAGAUUGCAUGUUAUCUUCCAAUGCAUGUUAAUAUUUUGUUGGGAUUUAAUUUUGUUUUGAUAAAAAUUUAAAUAUUCUUUGUUCUCGUUCGUGGAAAUAUUGUAAUAUGAAUAUGACUCUAAAGAAUAGCGUAGUAGAGACUCCGGCAGAAGGCAAUGUUUCGCUGAGUCUUUCAGGUUCCUUCAAUUUGUUCCAGAAUUGUGUCAGGACCCUGGAAUUCCACCAAACGGGGCCCGGAGAGGAAAUGAUUUUCGAGAUGGGAAGCGGCUCAGUUUUACUUGCAAUAAUGGUUAUACCUUGAUCGGGAGUCGAGCAAUAACCUGCUCGGAAGGAAAGUGGAAUUCAGCAACUCCGCAGUGCAAAAGUAAGUUAAAAGAAUAAAUAAAUGCAGGGAAAAUUAUCGCAGUUGAAGGCGCUGCUUAAACAGCUCCAAAGAGAAAGCCUGAAAAAAUUCAGGCUUGCCGGGAUUCCAACCCUGACUUCUGGUGCAGCGCUAUAACCAAUUAAGCUCACAAGUCAACUGGGAACUGGUCAUUGAAUUGUUGGUUCGUAAUUAUAAUAUACCGGAACCUAAAAAUGAAGAUGAAUGCUAAAUUGGUGAGAGCGCUUCACCGGUAUAACAGUGGUCAGAGUUUCGUGUUAUUGUUGUUGUUUGCAAAAAAUUCCGUUGAUUAAAGCUAGAAGUAUCAUAUAACGUAUCAUUCGUGUUUGGAGAGUGAAAUAUUUUGUGACUAUUAAAUUUAUUUAGAAACUUGCGCUGAUCCCGGAGCUCUACAAAACGGUCGUAGAAUUGGCAGUGAUUUCCGUCAUGGCAAAACAGUAAAGUUUGUUUGUCAAUCUCCUUUUACGCUGAGAGGGGCUAGGAGCAUUACUUGUAAUGAUGGAAGAUGGAGCGGUAAAAUUCCCGUAUGUACAGGUAUAGUUUAUAUGAGCUUGAGUGUUGUGUACAUAAAACGUCAGAAGUUACUUAUCACAUAACUUGAAAUAAUUUAUAUAUAUUUAUAUGGACGUUGCGCUUGAAGAAAUGAUGCUUUCGAUAAACAAGAAAUUUUUAGCCAAAACGUCCUUUUUUGUCGGCUAUUUCUUCGUUUUGAACCUCGUGAACACAGAUGAUUGAAUUUUUUAUGGAUUUUUAUCCUCUCUUGUUCAUAGACAGUAUAAAAUCACCACUACGAACUAAUUAAGCCCCAGCGCCCACUUUGUUUUUAGAUUCUCCUCCUUUCGCUCCUGUUACCAGCUUACGUAUCAGUGAUGGACAAACAGGUCUCAUAAAGAGUUAAUUUUCACCUUAGAAAGUUGACAUUAUCCUCCUCGACCAGCACUUUUCUGCGAUUCAUAUAACUUUCAGUCGAUGCUUUUCCUGAGCAAUUAGCACAUAGACGUUAUUUUUAUUAUUACUUUUUAGCAAUCUGCAACGACCCUGGAACUCCUCAAAACGGCGCAAAGCAUGGUAGAAAUUUCGAAUCUGGCUCAACGGUGAACUUUACGUGCAAUGCUGGAUAUACAUUGGUUGGUAGCAAAACAAUUGAGUGUCGCAGUGGACGUUGGAGCUUAAAUUCACCACACUGCAAAAGUAAGUUAUGCUUUCACUAUUACUCUAAAAAAUCAAAAUUUCAAGUUUCCAGUUUAUUAUUAUUUCAGGUAGCUAGGCUUAUCUAGCCAGGUCAGUCUCACAAGUUUUAAUAUUACAAAUUUCAAAAAUAGUUUAAAAGAGGGAUUAACAAAGUAACAGUUUUGCAAAACGGAGAGAAACGUAAAAGUAAUAUGGUUCAAUAUUGAAUUAAAAAGGAAAACUUAAUAAAAGGAGAAAAAAUGAAAUAAUUAUAAUAUGAUAAAAAAUCUAGAUAUAUGUAUAGAGGUUAAUACUUUUUAAAAUUAGGCAUGAUUUUGUCAUUAAUACACACUCAUGUUAGUCUAGUCUUUAUGUCAGUAAAAAGAACAACGCCCAUUUUUUCCCUUACUGUGCUAACUGCACAAGUGCAUGUGAGUGAAAGAAACUACACAGUUUCAUGUUGGCAGGCAAGCAUUUUGUACCAGUUGAUGUGGUUAAACGCGGUGUUAGAUUCUAAUCCGUAUAGCCUUUUCUUCCUUUACAGAGACUUGCAGUGAUCCUGGAGCACCACUAAACGGACUCAGAAUUGGUAGUAAUUUCAGUCAUGGAAAGACGGUUAACUUUCUCUGCCUGCACGGCUUUACGUUGCGCGGUUUGAGUAGCAUAACCUGCAUUGACGGAGGGUGGAGUGGUAAAAACCCCGUAUGUUCAGGUGACCAACGGCGAUUUGUACAUAAAACAGUUUAGUUAAAGAGAUUGCUUCUUUGUCUUAUCCUCAACUAGCUUAUUUUAGUCAUUAGGUAGAUUUAUUUGAUUUUAUAUGUGUUUUGUUUAAAUUUGAGUGUGUUUUAAUUGAUAUUUAUUUUAAUUCUAAUACUUCACUUUGUUAAGCGCCUAGAUCGUCUUCUUCUUAUUAUUUUUAUUCGUUGGAAUGCAAGGAAAUAUAUACGUAUUAAUUAAGUAAAAGAAGACAUAGACGACUUAAUGAAUUGCUUUGUUUUGUUUUCAGCAAAUUGUAAAGAUCCUGGUAUUCCAAAACACGGUGAAAGGAAAGGCAACAGUUUUGACCACGGCAAAACAUUGAGCUUUUCAUGUAACGUUGGAUACACUUUGGUUGGUGACAAGAUUAUUGAGUGCCGGGAAGGGAUUUGGAGCGCACAGUCACCGCUUUGUAAAAGUAAGUUAUUAAGAAAGAAAGAUAUGCAUUAUUUGCCAUUACACUAAACUAGAUAAUUGUACAAGGGCAAAAAAAAUGAUUUGCAGAUUAAAACUGUUGACUCAUGGGACCGGUAUUAAAAAUCUCCAUUUUUAUGAUCAGGCUACAUGUCGCCUGUUCCUGAUCUUGAAGUUUAUCUGCUUGCAAACGCUAAUUGACUUUGUUUACUUUAGGAGCCCGAAAAAGUAUUUUUUCUUAACUUCGCAGAGACGUGCAGGGAUCCUGGAACUCUACAAAACAGUCGCCGAAUUGGUAGUGAUCUCAGGCAUGGAAAGACUAUUAAAUUUCUCUGCCUACACGGCUUUACGUUGCGCGGUGUGAGUAGCAUAACCUGCAAUGACGGAAAAUGGAGCAGUGAAAACCCCGUAUGCUCAGGUAACCUAAGGCGAUUUGCGGUUUAAACAACGAACUAAAAGAUUGCUAGGAUUGCUUUUUCUUUUUCUUUUUUUUCCAUUCCUGAAAAAAAGUCGCAGCGCUAUGUAUCGUUAUUGUUAUAAAUUCGCUCCUCGUUAACAGUAUUUCGAAAAGCGCAAAGGAAGAAGGGGGAUGGAGAUGGGGACUAGAAAGGCGCCCAAACACUCGAUGAGCGAGACAUAUCAUGAAAAUGAUAUAGUGGGUCAUGCAAUACAUUAAAGUCUUAAUCCUAUGUGACACGGAAUUUUAUAGUUGAAAUAACCCGCGUGAUAAUUUGAUAUAAAUGUUGAUAUAGAUAUUUUUUAAUAAUACGAUAACAUAUUGAUAGUUGAGCUGAAAAAAACUUUAAUGCAAGGCAAACUACAAAUAAUUGCAUAAGACCAAAAAAGGCAAUUUAGGACCUGUUUACAUAGAGGUAGUAGACCCCAGGUAGGUGAGGUAACCCGCUUAGGUGGGGUAACCCGCCUGUUCAUAUAAUCUCUUAUGUUAAUUUGAGCACGUUUACAUGAUAGGUGGGGUGACCAGACGUAUGUUACUUCACCUAUCUGGGGUUCCCCACCUCCAUGUAAACAGGUCCUUAAUAACAGACUAGAAAAUUGAUCAGUGCGCGAAUUAAAUGAAAAAAUGUAUUUUUCCUGUUGUAAGCAAGUUGUAAGGAUCCUGGUAUUCCAGAACACGGUGGAAGGAAAGGCAGCAGUUUUGACCAUGGCAAAACAUUGAGCUUUUCAUGUAAUGUUGGAUACACUUUGAUUGGUGCCCAGACUAUCGAAUGCCGUGAGGGAAUUUGGAGCGCACGGUUACCGCUUUGCAAGAGUAAGUUUUCUUUAACUUCUAAUCUCAAAGACGAAGUUUUUUCUUACACUAGCCUUUUGCACAAGAGCUCAUUAAAGAAUGGUGUCCUCAGUUAUAGAAUGAUUAACGUGAAGAUGUCAGCUGCUGAAAAUAACAGAUUAAUUGUGCAUCUCUUAAAUUAAUGGUUGUAAUUAUCUUAAUGCCCCGUUUCCAACUUCACAGAGAGUUGCACUAAUCCAGGAGCUCCACAAAACGGUCACAGAAGUGGCAGUGAUUUCAGGCAUGGGAAAAAGGUGACUUUCACAUGCCAACGUGGUUUUAUAUUACGUGGCAUUAGGAGCAUUACGUGCAAUGACGGGACAUGGAAUGGAAACGUUCCCGUAUGUAGAGGUAAGAGAGGCAUCCACCCUAGUCUACAUAUUUUUUUUUUGUUCUCGCAGACUAUCAGGAGCUUAAACUACUGGAACCUUAACAUUUUACCAGUUUACAAGUUUGUUUUGCUGUCGGUUAUUUACGGAAUUAUUUUUCUCUUUGGCAACUGAAAUUGUACCCAUAAUUUUACUUAAAUGAAACAUGUACUACAGAGGUUUCGUUUUUGACAAUAAUUGAUUUAACUAUACGUAGUCAUUCGAACUAUCGCCGAAAACAUAAUCUUUGAAUCAUAUCAUUUGUGUUUCACUUUCUUUAAUAUGGUUACUAUCAGAAUGUCUUUUGAUGGCUAAUCGAGAAAUUGUAACAGAUUUCUUUCAUGUUGUUUUAUCAGUUCAUGUAAUGGUCUUUUUCACACCUGCAUAUACAACGCUGUAUGCUUUACAGUUUGACCUUCAAUUGUCUUUGUUUCAGCUAUCUGCAAAAUUCCUUCAAUCCUGAAGAACGGAGCUAUAUCAACUGACAACUUUGACAAUGAAGGCAUUAUAGAGCUGUCUUGUCACCACGGAUACAAAUUAAGCGGAUCGCGCGUGUUGCAAUGUAUCAGUGGCCAAUGGAAUGAUAGCAUACCACAAUGUCUUAAAGGUAAAAUAUCAACUUUAUUUGGUCAGCAAAUUAACACCAAAAAUAAUAUUAUAUGAAUCUUAACCAUUCUCGUCCUCAGCUAGAAUUGGACCUACAUCAGUUCAAUUAUAGCGCAAAGAGUUAGUAAAUACGCGUUUUAUGUAUUAGAGUUGAUAAAAAUUGUUUGAUGGUUCGUAGCUACUUAUGGCAGCAUUUGCUAUCAUUUGUUUUUUUGGGGUGAAAGAUUCUUUGCUUCAGUAGAAUAAAGUCGUUAUGCCUCUAAGUCGAACAUGUUUGCCGUUGAAGACAAAUGAUUCUUAUUGUUGCUGAUAACGAAAAUACAACGCAUAUAAUCAUGAUGAUUAAAUGAUUAAUGAUUUUAGAUACUUGUCCCAGUCCCCCUACAAUUGCGCACGGUUCACACAAUGGUAAUGAUUUCACCAGUGGCACAAGCGUGACGUUCUCGUGCAACAAGCAAUAUGUUCUGGAAGGUUCUGCUACCAUCCGAUGUGUGCAUAGACAGUGGAUUGGACAAGUACCUGUAUGCAGAGGUAUUGAUUUUUAAUAGGUAUUAAAGGGGCUGUGUCACGUGGAUAAUCCUGUGCUUAAGUCGUUACUUAGUUUCUUUACUCAUACACAAGCACAAACCACAAUUAACAUUUUGGUGAUUUCCGCUGGCAUAACAUUAAAACUUAUAUUUUUCAAAAUUUUCUGUUUAUGUUCAUCCUGUCAUCAGUAGAAGCACAUGAUAGGAGACAGAUUCAAUGUGUAGUAGUCUUAAAAGCAAAACAGGUCCAUGAUUUUUGGAAUUCAAUUCAGUGACGGGGAGAAACACUUUAGCUUAUUAAAAUGGUAGGACAUAUCAUGGCACAGUCCGUUUUAGACAAUAAUUCAACUGGAUAAUAUUAAUAUGAUAUACCGCUGCUUUCUCGUUGGUAUACUUUAUUCCGGGUAACCCUAAGCAAAUAUUGUUAGCGGGAUCAGUUCUUUAAUGUUCUCUUUCAGCCCCUUGCCAGGCCCCAAAAGUACCAGCUAAUGGCUUUGUGUUUGGUGAUAACCUGCAACAUCAUAGUCAUGUACAGUUCUGGUGUGUUAAAGGCUUUGUUUUGCGCGGUUCAUCUUCCAUCCAGUGUAAGGAUGGGCAGUGGGGUGCUCCAUUCCCUGUCUGUGAAGCCGGUAAUUAUGCUCAUCAAAAUAUUUUAAUUACAUUCACAAUUUUUAAAGAAUGUUUUUGGCUAUGUAGUCUUAACCGCAUUUACUCGAAUGAGCGCCGCAUUGGGGACAAUAAAGUUUAUUAGUACCUGCCCCGAAAUCUGUCAGUUAAGCACGGAAAAUAAUAGUAUCGUAGUUAAAAGAAUUCUUUGUCGCGUCCAACUUUCAAAUAAACGCCGCCUCCCCCCUCAAAGAUGUCCUGUUGCAAAUAAUUAUCGUAAGCGCCGCGCUUAUUUAAGUAAAUACGGUAUGCGUCAUAUACCUCCGGCAGUCAUUGCGCAAUACAGACAUAUAUUUUGAAUUCUAUAUGACAAAGAAACUACCGAUGACUUAGUUACGUUUUUGCGGACUUAUGGCAGGACGGAUGAAACUUUAACUCAAGUAGUUUAAGCCUUGAGACUAAGGGGUUUAUCUGUGGAAAAUGAAUUAUUGACUAUAACUUCGGCAUAAAUGAUAACGCUGAAUUAAAUUUUGGCACACAUAAAGAACUCAUUGUGAUUAACAUUUUAAACUAUAGAUAUUUUUUUAAUAAGUUACGUGAUAUGUCACGUGACCAUUUUCCUAAAAAUCGUAAGAAUUAGAAGUCAGGUUAAAACCCUGAGAAUAGUAAUUUUUGGUGGUUUACAUGAAAAAUAAUACAUAAAUAAGCACUUUGCAUGAUAUUAGCCACAAGAUUUGCUUUUAUUGUUGAAAGAAGUUGAAAAACAUGUAUUUUUACCCAAAAAUGGCUUGACCACCUGCUAUUUAUGACAUCAUAUCUCGUAACCAUAGCAACUGCCCAUCACUGAACAUGUCUCAAAAUGUGCGCGAGGGAUGAACAAACAGCUACUGAAAUCGUCAGGUGCUGAUGUUUUAUCCUCUAGAAAAAUACUCAGAAAAACCUUGGAUUAAGGGUGUCAUCCACCCUCCCCCCCACCCUUGUACGUCCUAGGGCUAACAUGGCCAACAUAGCUUAAUAACAUGUCAGUCCAGAGUGUCCGUCAGUCAGCAACAAUACACCUGUAGCUAGGUAGGUGAGGAACCCUUCAAAUUGAGCCUCCAUCUCCAUUAAUUUCUUGAGUCAACCUUUUCCAGAGUAGAUUUAAAAAUAGAACGGCUUGUUUCCCGCGAAAAGUGUCAUAUUUCCGUGAGGUGCUCCUGGUAGGUAGAUAGGAAUUUCAGAAAUGGCGGAUGACACCAGCAGUGUCAAGCGAAGGGUUUCACUGUUGAAGAACUUUGUAAGGAAGGACUAAUGAGAAUCAACUGAAAUAUCAGAUUGUAUACGUUACGCGUUUUGAGACUGGCAUUAUAAGCAGCCAACAGACUCUUAGUACUGCUUUUAAUGAAAAAAUGAAUGAAAACUUUAUUAAGGAGUCUAAAAUAGCUGAGGCGAAAAGUUCCUCUACUAAUUGAGGACACCUACUAACACUAUCUAAAAUAGAUAAAUAAAAUAAAUAAAUAAAUUACCUUAUUGCUGGUUUUCAGUGUCACGCCAUUCAAAAUAGAUCAAAAUAAAAAUCAAAACCAUUCGAUAGAUAAAAUCCAGAAUCUGGGAAAUAAAAGGAGCUAAAUAUACAAAGACACCAGCCAAGAUUUGGGUCGAAGGAAUAGUUCGUAUACAAGAUAUCCGAGGAAAUGUUUUAGCCAAAUUUAUAGAGCUUUGUAUGGAGACGCCAUGCUGGAGUUCAUCUGGAUGAGCUCCAACAUGGCGGACAGAAACCAACAGAAACAUCUGUUACCGAGUUUUGCUACAAAAGCGUGAAUUUACUCCUAGAGGAACUCAUAAACAUUUAACUAAUACUUUUUCUAAUAUUUGAACUAAUUAGAUAGCAAAAUUCCUCGAAAAAAGUCACUUUUUUAACCUAAAUUACAGCUUUCUCGUCAUGUAAAUGCUGCGUCACAAAAAAGCUUAGAAAUUCAAGCGUACUCAAUUACAAAACCAAGAAACCUUUUGAAGCGAAAAUUUGUCUGAAAAUUAGUUUUCAGCUGCACUAAUACACCAUGAAAGAAAAAUCUCAGUAGGAUGGAUAGUUUUGUAGUUUGAAUUUAGUGACGUCAUAUGAAAACUAGACUAAAGAAAUCGGUGAAGCGAAAGAAAAAAACCCCUAUUUUUAGCAUGUCUCCCCAGUCUCGUUCUCUGUUUUCAGCCUCGUUCCAGACCUUUUGUUUGACUGCUCGCGCCUACUUGAAUACGCAAAAAUACAGACUGUUUUGCAGUCUAUGUGAAAACCAACAAUAAAUAUUUUGCAGUUUAUAUAUCUAAAACUUGAAACUUAAGAUCAUACAUUACUACGAAGUGCAUAAUUUACAAUUUUUACGGAGAUCAGUGUCAAAAAUAGUUUAAAUUUUUUUUUUUUUGAGAUAUUUCUUGCUACAGAUGAAAGUGUGUUCUAUAGUUUAGGUCCUGUAUAGCGAAGGGAGUGCUUUCCAAAUGUAACAGUCGAAAAUCGGGGGAGAAUAAAGUCAGCGUUUCUAAUAUAGGGUGAGGUGCUUAGAGUGAAUAAGUCAUAGAUUCUCUGUGGUAGAAGUUUAAACUUUACUUUGUACAUGAGGAUUAAAAUGUCUUGUAUACGCCUGUUGUAUAACGAGGGUAAGGUGUCUUUUACUAGCAGUUCUUCAUAACCAGAUUGUUUGUCAUUGAAUAUCGCCGCAAGUCUUCUUUCUUGAAUGCGCUCCAGUUUCCUCCUGUCAAUUUCUCUACAAGCGUGCGAGGUUGAAUGGCAAUUGGUUAGAUGAGGAAGUAUAUGGCCGCUUUGUACAGAUGUAGCUUCGCGGCUGUUGGUAUAAGCAAGGCUGUUGCUUUGGGCCUGGCAAACAAAACAGGAUUCAUUUUUCUUUUGUAUUUCAGGUCCAUCACCUGAUUCCUGUCGAAAGCCUCCGGUUCCUCCUAAUGCAGUUGUGGUACCUUUGCAAGCUCAAAGACAAUGGUUCAAUGAUAAUGAAAGAGUGUAUUACAAAUGUAUCUCUGGCUAUUCGCCGUCAGGGUUCCCUAUCAGGCGUUGUAGCAAAGGAGUGUGGUCUCGCCUUUCUUUUCGUUGCAAUGGUUGGUACUGAAUAUGUUAUUCUUUCUGACUGCUACAAAUAAAACUUAACUUAUAAGGGGCGGCCUGGCCCUACUAAGGACAUUUCAUUUGGGGCAAACUAAACAAAAGCCAUAAAUUCCUACUUCAGUCACCGCUCUCGUGACGUGUCAAAAUUUCUAAAUAGAAAUGAAUUCGCCUUUGCACUUAGAAUUUGCCGCCUUCUUUUUCCGUCUUUCAUAACAAAGUAUGUCCUCUCCACUAUGUCGAUCUUAGCAUCUUAGCAGAGUAGAGAACACGCUUCAAAUAACACCACGAUUCCCUCCGUAGCCCGGAGCGCGCGUCUGGUUUCUGGUAUGUCAUAGGUUCGAUUCCAGUCGGCGACUCACGAUUUGCUUUUUUUACCUUUUUUUUGCCCACGCCCGUGGCGUAUAUGAUCAGUAUAUCCUUUUCAUUCAGCUCCUGCCUUAAAACACAUCCUCUUGUUGUCCUUAGGGUCGGUCGACUGUAUAUACAUGUAUGCUAGGUAAUUUGAUUGUCCUCCACCAUCAUCUGUUCUAUGUUCCAUUGUCACUAAGGGAAACGUUUGUCAACGUUGACCAAAUGUGUAAUUUCAAACCCUGCUAUGGUCAGAAAAUAUAACUUGGCGGUAUAUUCACUUUCAGCUUACUCAUACAGACAGUGAUAACAACCAGACAUUGUCUGGAGCUCAGUUCGUCUAACAAUUAUACUGCCUGAGGUCUAACAAGGCCAAAACAGCUUGCCAUGAGCCCGUGACUGACAUUUUACCGGGCCUGUGUGCACGCUUAAUAUACAUUUUAAUUUUAUAACCUUAUAUUAAUGGAGCUCCCAGGUUUCCUACUAUUUAUCACUAUUUAGCAGUUUUUGUUAACUCCGUUGUAUGACGUUCUAGAAUUCACUUUUUUCAGUGAAAAAUAAAAUGACUUCAUGUUUUUGUUUUAUUUCUAGCAAUAUCAUGUGGACAUCCCGGAGUUCCUGUUCACGGUAAAAUCAAUAGUUACGUGUUCUCCUAUAAGAGCUCUGUGGAAUACUCUUGUAACCCGGGUUACACCAUUGUUGGACCUAGGAAGCGUGUUUGUCAAGCUAACCAAACCUGGACUGGAUCAUUACCUCGGUGCAUACGUAAGUUGUUUGCCUUAACGUUCACAUUUAGACGACAAAACGUGGGCAGCGCUCAAUCACCUGUCAGAUUUAGAGCCUUUAAACGGACACCUUCGAGAAAGAAAAAAAAGUGUGAAGAUAAAGAAAUAGGGAGCCCUGCACAGCGUCUGUUUUGUUAAAAAUUGUGUUGAAAAUAAAUUUGGUUGUUUCAAUGCUGCCUUUACCAGAAGAAAGUACAGUAUGUUAGGAAACUUGCGAUUUAGUGUGCGCACGCAAGACAGGUAAAAGCGGAAUUUUGAUUGACUCCACUCGGCGGUAAGGUGCCUUAUAGACAGUGGUACAAAGAGAUCGGGGGGGAUGGAGUCCCUGGAGUCGCUGCUGGAGGACUGUGACGUCUACAAAAACGGUUGUCAUCUUGGCUGCCACCUUGGAUUUUACCAAGAAUUAGAAAUCAGAAUUACAUUAGCAGCCGACAGUCUCUCCGUAAUGCUUUGAAUGAAAAAAUGAAUGAAAACUUUAUUAACGUGUCUUUAAAAAAAUGGCUGUGGGGAAAAGUCCAUCUACUAAUUGAGGACACAAACUAACACUACCUAAAAUAGACAAAUAAAAUAAAUAAAUAAAUUACCUUAUAAAUAUUUUGCAGUUUAUAUAUCUAAAACUUGAAAACUUAAGAUUAUACAUUACUACGAAGUGCAUGUUUUACAAUUUUUACAGUCAUCAGUGUCAAGAAUGUUGGACAGAUCGGCCUUGCGAAUGAGAAGUUUAAAUUUUUUUAGGGAUGAGAUAUUUCUUGCUACAGAUGAAAGUGUGUUCUAUAGUUUAGGUCCUGUAUAGCGAAGGGAGUGCUUUCCAAAUGUAACGGUCGAAAAUCGGGGGAGAAUAAAGUCAGCGUUUCUAAUAUAGGGUGAGGUGCUUAGAGUGAAUAAGUCAUAGAUUCUCUGUGGUAGAAGUUUAAACUUUACUUUGUACAUGAGGAUUAAAAUGUCUUGUAUACGUCUGUUGUAUAACGAGGGUAAGGUGUCUUUUACUAGCAGUUCUUCAUAACCAGAUUGUUUGUCAUUGAAUAUCGCCGCAAGUCUUCUUUCUUGAAUGCGCUCCAGUUUCCUCCUGUCAAUUUCUCUACAAGCGUGUGAGGUUGAAUGGCAAUAGGUUAGAUGAGGAAGUAUAUGGCCGCUUUGUACAGAUGUAGCUUCGCGGCUGUUGGUAUAAGGUAAGCAAGGCUGUUGCUUUGGGCCUGGCAAACAAAACAGGAUUCAUUUUUCUUUUGUAUUUCAGGUCCAUCACCUGAUUCCUGUCGAAAGCCUCCGGUUCCUCCUAAUGCAGUUAUGUUACCUUUACAAGCUCAAAGACAAUGGUUCAAUGAUAAUGAAAGAGUGUAUUACAAAUGUAUCUCUGGCUAUUCGCCGUCAGGGUUCCCUAUCAGGCGUUGUAACAAAGGAGUGUGGUCUCGCCUUUCUUUUCGUUGCAAUGGUUGGUACUGAAUAUGUUAUUCUUUCUGACUGCUACAAAUAAAACUUAGCUUAUAAGGGGCGGCCUGGCCCUGGUAAGGACAUUUCACUUGGGGCAAACUAAGCAAAAGCCAUAAAUUCCUACUUCAGUCACCGCUCUCGUGACGUGUCAUAUUUUCUAAAUAGAAAUGAAUUCGCCUUUGCACUUAGAAUUUGCCGCCUUCUUUUUCCGUCUUUCAUAACAAAGUAUGUCCUCUCCACUAUGUCGAUCUUAGCAUCUUAGCAGAGUAGAGAACACGCUUCACAUAACACCACGAUUCCCUCCGUAGCUCGGAGCGCGCGUCUGGUUUCUGGUAUGUCAUAGAUUCGAUUCCAGUCGGCGACUCACGAUUUGCUUUUUUUACCGUUUUUUUGCCGACGCCCGUGGCGUAAAUGAUCAUUAUAUCCUUUUCAAUCAGCUCCUGCCUCAAAAAAACAUCCUCUUGUUGUCCUUAGGGUCGGUCGACUGUAUAUACAUGUAUGCUAGGUAAUUUGAUUGUCCUCCACCAUCAUCUGUUCUAUGUUCCAUUGUUACUAAGGGAAACGUAUGCCAACGUUGACCAAAUGUGUAAUUUGAAACCCUGCAUGGUCAGAAAAUAAAACUUGGCGGCAUGAUCACUUACAGACAGUGAUAACAACCAGACAUCAUUGUCUGGAGCUCAGUUCGUCUAACAAUUAUACUGCCUAAGGUGUAACAAGGCCAAAACAGCUUGCCAUGACUGACAUUUUACCGAUAUAAGAUGCCUGUCUGCACGCUUAAUAUAUAUUUUCAUAACCUAAAUGGAGCUCCCAGGUUUCCCUACUAUUUAUCAACAAUAAUUUAGCAAUUUUUGUUAACUCCAUUCUAUACAUGACGUUCUAGAAUUCACUUUUUACAGUGAAAAAAAAAAAUGACUUCAUGUUUUUGUUUUAUUUCUAGCAAUAUCAUGUGGACAUCCGGGAGUUCCUGUUCAUGGUAAAAUCAAUAGUUACGUUUUCUCCUAUAAUAGCUCUGUGGAAUAUUCUUGUAACCCGGGUUACACCAUUGUUGGACCUAAGAAGCGUGUUUGUCAAGCUAACCAAACCUGGACUGGAUCAUUACCUCGGUGCAUACGUAAGUUGUGUACCUUAAAGUUCACAUUUAGACGACAAAACGUGGGCAGCGCUCAUUCACCUGUCUGACGUAGAGCCCUUAAACGGACAACCUCGAGAAAGCAAAAAAGUGUGAAGAUAACGAAAUAGGGAGCCCCGCACAGCGUCUGUUUUGUUAAAAAUUGUGUUGAAAAUAAAGUCUGUUGUUUCAGCAAUGCUGCCUUCACCGUAAGAAAAUAUGUAAGCCGGUUAUCUGCGUGUUUCAAAAUUUUGCGAUUUAUUGUGCGCACGCAACACAGGUAAAAGCGGAAUUUUGAUUGACUCCACCCAGCGAUAAGGUGCCUUAUAGACUUUUUAUCUAAGACUUCUCAGUUUUUCUUACCCAAGACGUCAAAGCGAUGCUCCAAACGGCUAAGACUUAUUAAAGUGCUCACUUAUUGUUCUUAACUAGGAGAAUACUGCUCCCGACUUCCUAUUCCUGCCUAUGGGGAGAAAGUUACAGAGACACCAACGUCCGUAUCAUUUCGUUGCAUCGGAAGAGAAUAUAAGCUUGUUGGUUCAUCCACAAGAACAUGCCAGGACAAUGGACGGUGGAGCGGGCAGCAACCUUCAUGUCAACGUAAGUCACAAAGAAGCAUUAAUUUCAAGAAUAAUAAUGGAUUGAUUGAAUGCAGUAUUUAGUGUUUUUUAACUUAAUCCGAUUACAUUGUAGACAAUGCCAGGAUGGUUAUGUUAGUUUCCAGAACUUGGAUUAUUCGAUAAAGAUAACCAUUAUCAUUCUACCAUUCUGCACUUUCUGCUCUGACCAAUUUCUGAAAUGUUCUCUUUUCUUACACGUCUAUUUAGCUUAGCUUCGCUUAGUGAAGAAUUUUCUAUAAAUUCAACACAAUUAAUUUAUUUUUAACACGUUCUGACUGAGUCGGCAUUUGGUGGUGCCUUAAUAAUAUGUCUGUUAAUUUUAUAUAAUAGACUAGUAAGACAAAGCUAACAAGUAUCUGUUUUAAGUAAUCUUUUCUUUAUUUAGAGGUGUCAGUUAAAAAGACCUGACUGUGCACACAUGUAACACCGUUUCUCCCUUGCAGUGAUUUCAUGUGUCGACCCUGGUACUCCCUCCAAUGGUGCUAGGACAAUUCGCGGAGGAUUCAUUUACCUUGGUUCCGUACAAUUCACAUGUAGAAAGAACUACGAACUUGAUGGAGUAUCAAGAAUAUAUUGUAAAAUAAAUGGUAACUGGAGCAGACCGCUGCCAAAGUGUGUUUUAGGUAAGCAAACGUCCGUUCAUCAGAAGAUUUUUUAUAGGGAAGAUAAGAGGUAGAUGUAGAUAAAGUUCAACGUCAAGGUGCAAGUUAAGUAAGAAAAAAGUAUCUGAAAAAACUUAUUACAAAACCGAUUAUAUUUCACGCGGUGUUUAGUUGCCAUUUUCCCAUUUUCACGCUUAAAUUUACAUGCACUUUUCGCACUUUCGUUUUCUAUUUAUAUCCACAAAUCGUAUUUAUUUCUUAGCUUUUGAUAAUUAUGACAUGAAGCCAUCAAAAUGCCAGGCUCCUUUUAUCAUAGAUUUGGUUUUAAAAUGUCUCCUAUUGUGAAAAGAUAACAUGAAGACCAAGUCCCAUUAACAUUGCAGCUUUUUUUUUUUCCUUUUUUUCUUCUUGACAGUGUCCUGCACGAAUCCAGGGAAGCUACGAAAUGGAAGAGUGAUUGGACGUGACUUCAGCAAUGAUGCAACCGUUCGAUUUAAAUGUAACUCACGCUAUCGGCUUGUUGGUGCAAAAAAAAUUACAUGUAGAAACGGACAGUGGAGUAACAAAAACCCGAAAUGUCAGCUCAGGAAAAAGCGGUUCGGAUAACGUUAAAUAGUACUUUAAAAGUAGAGGAGAGCUGUUGAUAGGGUAUUUUUGAUCCUGAUUGUUGGUGUAACAACAGAUCUACUCCACCAAAAUUUCCAACGAUGAUGGCAGUCAUUUACCCCUCUCUUUUUUCCGAGAUUUUGCAAAAUGCGGAACUUAGUUCCCAAUGAAGUAGUAGCUAAAGAGUUUGCAAGAAUAUAGCUGCUUACCGCAAUCAGGACCAGUACAUUACAUCAACGCGUCCUUUGUCAUAAAGCCACACAUGUGGAUAUUAAGACCGAUACACACGAGGGAUUUUGCUUCUGGAGCAUGCUUCAGGGGAACGCUCCGGGAGCAAAGCUCCUCCGUGUGUAUCAACGAGUUCAUGGGUAUACUUCAUCCUCGGGAGCAGAAUUUCCACCCCGCAAAAUGCUCCACGAUAUUUAACCGCUUAAAUAUUUGGGAGCAAGCUCCCGGGGCAAACUGAGCGAACUUGAAAACGCUCCGCCUCGCGUGUACUGACACGUGCAAAAUAAGCUUAAUACCUUGGGAAUUAAUUCACGUAUAACCACAUGUUACCACGGUAAAGUAAACCCUCUUUAAAAUUUACCAUGGCUUCGUUAUCGUAGGAAAUUGCUUUUACUAUGGUGUCUUUAACCGCACCUGAUGAGCCGAUUUUAUAGGACAAACAAGUACACAACGAAACUUAACCUAGGAACAAUAACGGUGUGAAAGCAGUCUACGAAACUGUGCUGCUGGAAG